UAUCUUUGUUUUCAGUAAAGUUUAUGUUGUUAUGCAUCAUUUUGGGGAGAGGCUGAUUUUUUAAACUGCGAUUCAAAACAACCUUAAUUUGCUUCAUUAAUUCUUGCCAAGACACACCAAAAAAACAUCACAAUCUCCACAACAAUGAGUGAAUCAACUACAAUUUGUGAUAUAAGCGAUGAUGUCAAAGAGGAACUACGGAAAUUUCGUUUCAGCAAAGGUCAAAAUGCAGCGUUGAUAUUAAAAGUAGAUCGCGAAAAAAAGUUGAUUGUUGUCGAUGAACUCAUCGAGGAUGUAACGUUGGAAGAUUUGCAGGAACAACUGCCGUCACAUCAGCCCCGCUACAUUAUCUACAGCUACAAAAUGUUGCAUGACGAUCAACGUGUUUCGCUGCCGAUGGUGUUCAUUUACUUUACGCCGCGCGACUCGCAGGUCGAUUUGCAGGUCAUGUAUGCCGGAAUGAAAGUGGCGUUGCAGAAAGAGGCCGAUUUGACGCGGGUUUACGAAAUCCGCGAUUUGGAUGAUCUCACCGAGGACUGGCUCAAGUCCAAGUUGAAAUAAUUCCUGCAUUUCCAAAAUUUACCAUUCCCUCUAUACAUUUAAAGAGAUAUUUUUUUUGACAAAAAAUGAAAGGAACAUGACAUCAUUUACUCUCUCUUGUCUACUAAAUGUUUAAAUUAAGUACCUAUCAGUAUAUCAAAACUUUUUCGACAUUUACAAUAAUUCCAGACCCUUUUUAGGAAACAAAUAAUUUUUACAUUAAAAAAAAAAAGAGAAAACUACCUAUUUUACAUAGAGAGUUGCC